UCUUCGACAUCUUAAGGGGGUCGCGCAGCAGCUUCACGCUCCUAAAGCGUCGAGUCGUGUCAACACUUGUCGCGCGACACUUCAGUGGUCCCUUGAACUUCAUCGAAUACACCAGUAUGGAGUGGACCGGUUCUCCCACCAAGAAGAUGUCCGCAUCCUUCACCAUCUUUGACGAGAACGCUCGCAACACCCCCGAGCAGUUCGCCUUGAAGCGCACGGCCAGCGCGAUGCCGUUGCCACUAACAACAUCGCGCUUCGCGAACAGGGGUCCUCCUCCACAGUUCAACAUGGCUCACCACGACUCGCCUGCUGUCGUUGCAGAGCUCAUGGCCAAGGUCAAGGCCCGCCAGGAGAUGCACUCCCGCCAGAAGCGCGAAGUCGAGGACAGCGAGAACCGCAGCACCUCGCCGACCAAUACUGACCCGUACUCCAACACGCCUCCAACCGGCCAGAACUCCGACGAGGAGCAAGCUGACAACGAAGUCUACCGCCUGAAGCGCGAGCUUGAUCUCGCCAACGAGCGUAUGGCACAGAUGAACCUACAGCUCACCCAGUCACGUCUGGCCCAGCACACAAUGGAGGAGGCCAUUGGCUCCCCGUUCCCAACCGCACAGCAUCUUGCUGCCAACAUCCCCGGCCACAGCAUGCUGCCGUCGGUCAAUGGUCUUUCACAGGCCACUGACUUCAGUCGCGCUACGACUCCGUUCGAGAAUGGCAACAUCAGCUUGCAGCACCAGUCCUUUGACGGCAUGCCAAUGCAGGCGUUUUCACGCCAACAGCCUGGUUACAAUAACCGUGCUGGCUACAUGCCUUCCAUCACUCCGGUCUCAUACUCACAGCCGCAAUACGGCCCCAGCGCCGGUGGCAUCGCCCACCCGCAACCCAUCGGUACGAGACUCUCCCCAACAGCGGCUGAAUUCGGCGUCGGUCGCGGUCAGUGGAACGGACAGCAGUCUCAUGGCCCAUCAUAUCUGAACACCACAGAGCCGCUCAACUACCGUCGCCUUCUUGAGCGCAACAUGAGCUGCAACUGGAAGUAUAUCGUCGAUAAGAUCGUCUGCAGCAAUGACCAGCAGGCUUCCAUCUUCCUGCAGCAGAAGCUCAAAGUCGGCACAUCUGAGGCAAAGUUUGAGAUCGUCCAAGCCAUCAUCGACCAGGCCUACCCACUCAUGGUCAACCGCUUCGGCAACUUCCUUGUUCAGCGCUGCUUCGAGCACGGCACGCCCGAGCAGGUCAUUCAGAUCGCUCAGGCCAUUCGUGGCAAUACCCUCAACCUCAGCAUGGAUGCUUUCGGCUGCCACGUCGUUCAGAAGGCUUUCGACUGCGUUCCUGAGGAGUACAAGGCAAUCAUGGUCCACGAGCUCCUUCGCCGCAUUCCCGAGACAGUGAUCCACCGCUACGCCUGUCACGUCUGGCAGAAGCUCUUCGAGCUCCGCUGGAGCGACUCACCACCUCAGAUCAUGAAGUAUGUCAACGAAGCCCUACGUGGCAUGUGGCACGAGGUGGCUCUUGGCGAGACCGGCAGUCUCGUGGUCCAGAACAUCUUCGAGAACUGUCUGGAAGAAGACAAGCGUCCAUGCAUCAACGAAGUGCUGGCUAGCAUUGACGUUGUCGCUCAUGGCCAAUUUGGAAACUGGUGCAUCCAGCACAUCUGCGAACACGGCGCCAUUCCUGACCGCACUCGCGCUAUCGACCACGUCAUUCGCUUCGCCAGCGAAUACAGCAUGGAUCAAUUCGCUUCGAAGGUCGUCGAGAAGUGUCUCAAGAUUGGCGGCAACGAGUUCCUCGACCGCUACCUUGACCGCAUCUGCGAGGCUCGCCCGGAUCGCCCACGUAUGCCUCUCAUCGACAUUGCUGGCGACCAGUUCGGCAACUACCUCAUCCAGUACAUUCUGAGCAGCGCCGAGCCACAGCGCCGCGAGAUCGUUGCCGCUCAGAUCCGCAAGCACAUGGUCUCCCUUCGCGGCUCCAAGUACGGCUCACGUGUUGCGAUGCUCUGCUGCAACCCAGCUGUCACCACCCGUCCUGGCCCGCCAGCUGGUCUCCUCAUGAGCCGCGGCAAUGGAGCUUUCGGCCAAGGCAGCUUCGGCCAUGACUUGUCACGUCCUUUCCCGAGUGAGCGUGGCUUCGGCGGCCGUGGAUCUUACGGAGGCUAUCGCUAGGCUCUUUCACAUUUGUUGACAUCUGCGGAGACAUACAACCUUCGCCAAGGCUGAUCCUGACACCAAGGAUUUGCUGCCAUACGAUCGUCCAUCUACGCUGCCACACUGGCUCGCUUGUUCUGCUCGCUUCUACACCAAAGCUACCUUGGGGAUCUUUCGGCCCUCUUGUGCUUUUUGAUCCGAGGCUGUCUAGCAAUGCCGUCACCAUUGAUACAUCGAUCAUUGGCAGCUCUUUACCUAACAGCGGGCGUUGCUGGUCGGGCUUGCACAUCAUGCUUGCAUCUUAGCCUUUGAAUGUACUGGCGAUGUUUUCCGUUGUUUCAAAAAGGAGGUAAUCGAGGUUGCUUGCACAUGGGUGCCGCAGAGUUUCGAUAUCUUACGCGCGCGAUAUGGAAUGUUUCAGGCUGUAAUAUUAGUGCUUAGUCGCUAGGUGCCA